UUAUGAAAAGAGAGUGACGUUUGACAGAAAUAAAAAGUAAUGAGAAAUUACCUUAGUCAGCUUAAAAAAAUGGCAUUUAAUGCGUGAAUUUGAAUUGCUAUUUUCUAGUCUUUUAAUAAUGAAUUCCUCAAACUUAUUUGAUGUUAAAGACAAGGUAGCUCUUGUCACAGGUGGCUCAAGAGGCAUCGGUGAAAUGAUCGCCACUGGAUUUGUCUCAGCUGGCUCCAAAGUCUAUAUCACCAGUCGUUCUGCUGAUGUUUGCUAUAAGGUGGCCGAGGAAUUGACAGCUAAAGGUCCUGGUCAAUGUAUUGCUAUUCCUGCUGAUUUGCAGAAAUUAGAUGAAGUCAAGCGUCUUGUUGCUGAACUUUCAAAAAAAGAGGAUCAUCUUGACGUCUUGGUAAACAAUGCUGGUGCAAAUUGGAAUGAAAGUAUGGAUACAUAUCCCGAUCAAGCUUUUGAGAAAGUAGUAAAUUUGAAUUUGAAGCGUAUCUUUACUUUGACCCAAGCCUGUCUUCCGCUCUUGACUGCUAAGGCUACUCUGGAAAAAACCACUUGUGUCAUUAACAUUGGUUCUAUAGAUGGCAUUCGGUCUCCUCCACAAGAAACAUAUGCUUAUUCCGCGUCUAAAGGAGGCCUCCAUCAUAUGUCUCGCCAUAUGGCUGGUAAACUAGGUCACAGAGGCGUGCGUGUUAACGUCAUUGCUCCUGGUGCAUUUCAAUCUAAAAUGAUGAAGGCAACCUUGGACAAAUUCCAUGACUCUAUUAUAGCAAAAGUGCCUGUGCGCCGUAUUGGUAGCCCUGAAGAUAUUGCAGGUACUUGCAUUUAUUUAGCCUCUCGUGCUGGUCAAUACACGAAUGGUGCUACUGUUACUUGCGAUGGCGGAACGGCUGUUGCUGAUGCUAGAAUGUAAUUCAUGUAAUCAAUAAUAGAAAUAAUAAGCAUAGUCAUAUUUGAUUUUCAUUAUCGAACAUGAAGAGGCAUUACCUCACUAGAUCCAUUUACCUUGUUUAUGCUGUUUAACUUUAGACUGUCUGCUGAGAUUGAAUAAAACAACAUCAUGUCUG